AUGAGUUUGGAACAAGGAAAAAUGUAUAAAAAAACGACAAAUGAGCAAUUUGACAUUCUUUCCCGAGAAAUGGAAAGAAAUGUCCAGAUUGCAAGAGGCGCCCCCGUUUUUGGAGGAAGUCGUGCGCAAUUUGAAGAAAAAUGGGAGCAAAUCUCGCUUAAAUUAAACUCUGCUGGUCCACCACAUAGAAGCGUUAAAGAAUGGAAGAAGGUAUGGACCGACAUAAGAAAUCGGACGAAGAAGAAGAUUUCAAAAAACAACUCUCUUCUCCGCGAAACUGGAGGGGGACCGUUCAAUGAAUGUUCUUUGACACCAUUGGAGCGAACAGUUGAUAAAAUUGUGAACCUGUCCAAAUCAGCUGCUCCAUGUGGUCUUGAUUUUGGUGUGGGACUAUCAGACAACGCCGUUCAACUUUCGUCCUCCCCUUCGCCUUCUCCACCUUUGACUACACAUCCAUCGUCCACCGAAAUACCACGCGCACAAAUUGAAGAAAAUGCACGACCAACAACAUCAUUGCUAUUGGGUUCCAACUCAACCUCAGCCCCACAACCCGCACAACCCAUUGUAUCCGGAAGACGCAAGCGGAAAAGGAAUGACUUACUGGAACAGCAAGUUGAAAACCAAAACAUGCUUUUGGAUGUCCUGAAGUCGCACGUCGAAAUGACGAGGAGGAUGGCUGAAGCUGUGGAGCGGCAGGCUGUUGCCUCAGAAAAGUUAUGCCGGCUGAUAGAAGAACGAAGCCAAAUUGUUUUGCCAUUUUGA